AUCAACGCAGCCAUCUUGUAUCGCGUUUUUCAAUUUCCCGUAACAAUCGCAGCGGCGGUCUCGGACGUGAGUCGUCCCUUCCACGGAGGAGUGGUGUUGAAGAUAAGCGUUCUCCGAUUUAUCGGUAACUACCGAGGCAGACAGAUAAACGACAGAAACGAUGACUUCCACGUUUCGUUCAAGCGACAUACUCCAGCAAAUGGACUUCGCUAUGAUUGGCACCCACUUCGCUUCCGGUCCGCUGCAAAUCGACCAAGAUUUCGCGGGCAUCAGCGGGGUGCACUUCAACAGCACCGGGUCGCAACAGCACUACGCCAACGACGGCGAGGUGACACUGCAGCCCAACGGCAUGCCGCCGUCAUGGCAAAGCAUCGCUGCUCCCGGGUCGACCGUGGCCGAUUACCUGUCCCACUUGCCGGCCACGCUCACGUUGCACCACUUCCUAAAGUACUCGGGUGAGUCGGUCUGCAAAGACGUGCGGGACGAAACAAAGCCCCCGAAGAAGAGGAAAAAACAAAGCAAACAAGCGAAUGCCACCGUAGCAUCCGCAAGUGACCGCUGUCCGCCGACGACGACGACAACGACAACGACAACAACGCCACCGCAGGUCAAACCGAAGCCCGGCCAGAUACGGAUAACGAGCUGCGCGGAUGGCACCACUAUGUUCGGAUGUCCUGAAUGCCGGGCCGAGUAUUUGGACAAGCAUCUGCUCGAGGAACACUUGGGCACUCACGCCACGGAACGGAGAUUCGUGUGCGACAUUUGCGGUGCGGGGCUAAAGCGCAAGGACCACUUGACGAGACACAGGCAGAGCCACAGUUCCGAAAGGCCGUAUGCCUGUACGGUGUGCGGCAAAGCAUUCAAACGCAAGGAGCAGUUGACCCUGCACAAGGUGGUACACACAGGUGAGAAGCGACACGCUUGCGUAGAGUGUGGCCGUGCGUUUUACAGGAAAGAUCACUUGAGGAAGCAUGCCAGAAGUCAUGCAGCCAGGAGAGAUAAAAGUAGUGGACAGACGUGUUAAGACACCAUGGCGGACAGAAAGUAAUGAGUCAAAGCACGAAACGAUUUGCCAAUUUGUAAUUAAAGAUUUUCAUUUGUAUACAUAUUAUUAUUAUUAUAAUAUGUAUAUUAUUCAACUCUUGUAACUACUGUCGCUUAUAAACUAAUAUUAAAUUAUACGUGAGUGCAUUAUAAUAUACCAUUACCAUAUUUAUUAUGAAUUUGUAAAUAUCAUGUUAUUAGU